AUGAGUGAGCUGCGCUCGCAGAAGAUGGCCAAACUGGUGGAGCGGCUGCGAAAGCAACGCGCCAUCACCAGCAGUGAUGAGGAGCUGCUUCGGGAUACCAUUCGCACGCUGGAGACGGACGUCAGCCUGCAGAAACGGCGCGUGCAUUCACGCAUCGCGGCCGCCGGCCAAUGGCAUUCAGAGCAGCAGAGCUUGCACCAGGAAAUCGCCCGCCUGCAGGACGAGGUGGCCGAUUUGCAACAGCAGGUCGAAAAGCGCUCGCUGCAGGUGCGCCAGAUGGCUGCUGAACUCAAGCACAAGGACGCCGCCGUCCAAGAUCUCGAGCAUGGCCUCGAGGAAGCCGAGGUUGUGGCCCGAGAAACCACCAGCCAAUAUGUCACCUUUGCCAAAGCAGACUUUUUCCCCGUAUCGGCGGCCAGCCCAGAUCCCGUCCACCAGGACCCCUUUGCCUUUUUGGCAGCCGUGAUCGAGGCGGCCCACGACUCGAUUGUCGUCAUGACCCACAGCUUUACCAACGUUUUGCUGGCCGAAGCUCUGGCUGCUGCGGCCAAGCGGGGCGUUCAAGUCCGCGUCUUGUAUGAUAGCGCCUGGCUUCACGGUGUCUUGCAGACGGCCUCAGACUCGGUGGCGCGCAGUGAGUGGCAGCGUGUGUAUCGCCGCUGGAAGAACAACCCUGUGCAGCAUUUUGGCCAGCGAGGCCGACGUACCACCUCCCACAUUACCGCCCGCCACAUGCCCUUUCACCACAACGUCGUCGUGGUCGAUGAGAUGGUCAUGCUCACCGGCACUUGGCCCUUUGCCGUUGAACAAAACCUGGAGCUUGACUCGAGCUUUGUUGUUUUAACUGGCACCGACCGCCUGCAAAACCCCUGCAUCGCCUCCACCUUGGCUCUCUUUGAACGCUUCUGGGAGACCAAGAUUCCUUCCUCCCAACCCCUGGAAAUGACGACGGUCCGCCUUCCCCGUUUAUCGCGUUCAACCACCCGCAUGACUGCAUAG